AUGGCAACCGUCACCUUCAAAGACGACCUCCCCAACACCACAACCACCACCACCACAACAACUCCAAAGAAUAAAACAACCACCCUCCGCCGCUGGCUCACCUUCUCAACCUCAACCUCAUCAUCCCAUCGCCGCCGCUCCUCCUCCCCACGCCCAAAACCAACACGCAGACCUACCCCAAAACCGACCAUUAACACCACCACCAGUACAUCAACAUCAACAUCAACAACAACCCGUCUCUACAGAAGAGUAACCCUCCCGCGCCGCUCCUCCAAAUCCAAAACCAAGACGAGAACAAUCCAUCUUGAUGACGAUACACAACCUACAUCGCUACUUACAUCCAUAAACACCACUACCAACACAGGCACACCCACGGCCCAUCCAACAGAUACUACAAACCCAAUCACACCCCCACCCACCAGCCCUACCUCCCCCUCAAGCACUACCAAUAACAAAAUCCGCGCACGCUCCCCCCUCUCCCCCCUGUCACCCCUAAGUCUCAACUUCAGUACACUAUUCAAUCUAUCCCCACGAUCGAAAACCAUCGAGGAAUCGUCAUCAUCGACAUAUUCAUCGUCAUCGGCAUCGGAGGUACAUAUCCCCCCGCCGACUGUCUCGCAUGAGCAGCUGACGAGUUCGUAUGCGGAGUAUUGUGAGGCGUUUACGGAGGGGCGGACGGAGGAGAGUUUCCUGUAUCAGGAGGAAAAGGAGGAGGGGGAAGAUGGAGAUAAGGGUGUUCGGCCGGUGAAGGAGAUUGUGAUUAAGGAGGAGAAGGGGUGUUUGGAGGAGAAGGGGUGUUUGGAGGAGAGGUGUUUGGGGAAGGAGGGUGGAGGGGGAGGGGGACAAUGUGUGGACGAUACAAAGGAGGAAGAAAGAAAGGGAAAUGGUGAUGGUGACAGGGCUAUUCCGUGCAGUGAUGAUCAGAGGGAGAUUCUACAUUGGUUACGGGAGUCGGAUGAGGAGCAGGAUAGUGGCAGCAAUGCUGAAGAUGUACCGCUGCGGGUGUCUCCGCCCGCGAGGAUCCUCACGCCGGCUCGAUAUGAACAGUCGCGGCGGGCGGCGAGACAACCUCAGCAUGGGAAGCAGGAGCACCACGAGGAUCAGCGACAUGCGUGGUGGACUGCACUCCGGGUGGGGUGGACGCGCAUGCGCCGCCGAACCAGCAGGGCUGCCAACCCCGACUACAAUUAG